GUCCUGGCCGCUCAUGCGCACACCUGCGACACGAGGUUGCCGGGCAACGGGAUCUCCUCAGGCGAAUCAAAUCUACUGGAAUUUAAGCAACACCCUCUCUUCACCUAAUCUGUCUAAAUCUGAAAAUGAAGCUCACUUGACAAAACACCUGUUGGAAAACUGUCUAAUCAAGAAAGUAAAUACGGUACCGCUAAAGAGAAUCUUGUCCAGGAUGAGCCAUGUGUGUGGGAGACCCUCUUUAGCUAAAGAUAAAGCAUCAAAAGUUUUUUACAGAAAGAUAAAACCAGCCUUUAAAGAUGCUUUACCUGUGGGCAAGGCAGGUGCAGAUUGCAAAUGUAGAAAGUGUAGUAAAUCAGAGAGCCAGCAAAGAAUGAAGACACUGCGCACCCGCAAAGAGAGGAAUCAGAUACGAGAUGGAGGAAAAGAAGCCCCACGAGCCAAAUCUUGUCACCAUUACUGCAACCAUAAAACCAGCAAAGAUGUCUCCUGUGUCCACCAGUGUUUCCAUAAUACCUUAGAUGUACUUCCAAAUAUUACUCAUGUUACACAUGAGCCUAGUGUGAUAACAGAUAGACGUCUCAUAGGGCAUCACGGCCUCUUUAACCAUGAAGUCAAGUCUAUUGAUAUUGAACGCCUGUUGAGUGAGCAGAGGAAACAUGAUAGAUGUGAAAAACUGCAACAAAAAAGCAAUACAGAAUUUGCCAAUCCUUCUACAAAAGAGACUGGAUGUUUGUUAGAUUCCACAAAUGAAGAGACUGUAAUAUCUAACAGCAAAGAUUUACAAACUCCAAGGAUAUUAAAUUAUUCCGAAAGGCAAGAGAAGAAAACAAUGGAGUCUAAUAAUCAGGUGUCAGACCUCACACCUGGGCAGAGGCCUCGGAAAACUGCUAUUUCUUCAACAGAAACUAACAAAAGUGUCAACUCCUCUGAUGUUGUAUUUACUGGAAUGAAGGAGGCCCAACCUGGAAUGUAUGCAAACAGUGAUUCACACCAGACUCCUGGUAGCUUUAAUGAAAACAAGAGUAUUUUACCAGGUUCUGUGGAAUCUAUUAUAGAGCGAACUCCACAAAAACAUGUAUCAGCUAAUCCAAGACAAGUCAGUCAGCCCACUCCUUUACUGCCCUCUAGUCCUCCCAUGGCAAGAGCAUCUAGCAGUCUUAUUACACAACAAGAAAACCUGGAUGCAGAUUCUGUAGCUAAGUCUGUGAAAGCAAUAGCAGCCAGUUUAUGUAACAGCAUUUGUUUUUCACUCUUGGGAAAAAGAGACCUGGUGGCAGAGAGUAGAGAGGCACUAGUAAAAGUACUGCAGGAAAAGCACGGAACGCAACUUAGGAGCAACGUUUUGAAAAUCCAGCGAAAAUUAUAUUCUUGUGAUGAUGCUCAAGAAGAAGGCUCUGAGCUGUGUUGUAGCCCUAUAUUUGCUAACAGAAAAGAAGGGGCCUUUUCUUCAGAUGAAUUCCCAGCACAAUCUAAAACCACAGGCUUUACUACAUCCUCAUUUGAACAAACUGGAAGAUUUGUCUUUGACUGGCACUCGAAUGACUGGUCCAGCCUACUGGAUGAGACCGCAGAAUGGUUAGGUACUUCACCUAAGAAUCCUGCUGUCCCGGACGGUACCUUCAGUCAUAGGACCUCUUCGCAGUUCUCUGUGGAUUUUGAGUUUAGAAAUGCAAUGUCAAGAGAGAGGGACUAUUUGUUCUCACCUCCUUUCGGAUCAUCUUGUGUUGAUGAGCCUAAAAACUCUGGUCGUGUAGACGACUUUUUCGCUAGCAGACAAGAACAAGAAUUUUCCGUGCCUCAACAAGAACACCAAAAUUAUAUGGCUUUCUCUGACAUAACUACAGUGAGUCACAGAAGGAACCCACUUGAUAGUAUUAUGAAUAACUACAGCGUUGAACCUCUUCAUUCAGAAACAGUACCUUUUCCACACAUGCACAGCUCAUUUGAAACACAGAAAUACUUUGAUGGAAAAUCUUUCUUUAAUGAAAUCCCUUAUUUUGAUCACAAAUGCUCCUUUGAGCCUUUCAGCCAUGUAAACUUCCCGUUAGACUCCCCUUCUUUCAGACCUGUAGACUUGGCACACUACCCUCCCUCCUACAUGCUUGAAAAGGGCCCUAUUCUACCCACCAGUUCCUCUUUUCCAAGCCCUGAGCACUGGUCCUUUCCUCCCAUGAGACUAUACUGAGUUGUGCAUUUAAAAAAAAAAAAAAAAAAGGCACACCAGUAAACAAUGCUUUGACCAAAGAACAGUGCUUUUUUAAUUUAUCAAGUUACCUUCACAACAUUACAAAGUUUUACAUGUAAAAAAGAAACAAAAAAUUAUGGACUUCCACAUAUUUUUAGAGCAGAUAUUUGCUAAGAGGCAAAAUUCUGAAACAAGCGAUGGAAGUUUUUAGGAAAGCAUUGUAUGAAGCAAAUAUUACCAUAUCUGUAUGAAACAUUGUAUAUUCUACUGAGUCUACUAUAGGUUAACAUCAUAAAGAGGCAUCAUCAGCUCAACACUGAUUUCAUUUAUAUUUUAAAAAAGCCAUCACAGUUUUAUUUACAUGCUGAUAAAUUUCAAUAAAUGUUUAUACAAUCAA